GCUAGUUUUGAAGUGAUAAAGUUUUAACCUUUUUUGUCUCAGAAGCUCUUUAUUUCACCAUCCAGCUUGAUUGAUAAUCUUGCUGGAUAGAGUAGUAGUCUUGGUUUCAGAUCCUUCUUAAGCAAGGUUUUUAAAGCGAUCGGUGGUGAAGUCAGUAAAAUAAUCAGAUUGUUCCUACCUGCUGGUACCUGAUCAGUUCAUAUUGAUGAACCAGUCUCUGCAGUUAUUUUUAUGUAGGGACAUUUUUUAUUCCUUGUUCCAUCCUCUGUAUGACCUGAAAGUUAGACUGUUUAAAUACACUGUAUUGUCAGAAUGUUUUAUCUUAAUGUAGAUUUUGUGAUUCACCAGGUGAUUCUGGACAAGGAAUGAGACGGUGGAUCAAGCAGGUGUUAAAUGAAGAUCUAACAUUCCAGCACGUGAAGAUUAUUUACCCAACGGCUCCCCCCAGACCAUAUACUCCUAUGAGAGGAGGAAUCUCCAAUGUGUGGUUUGACAGAUUUAAAAUAUCUAAUGACUGCCCAGAACACCUUGAGUCCAUCGAUGUGAUGUGUCAGGUGCUCACAGAUCUGAUUCAUGAUGAAGUAAAAAGUGGCAUCAAGAAGAAUCGUAUAUUAAUAGGAGGAUUUUCUAUGGGAGGGUGCAUGGCGAUGCACGUAGCAUAUAGAAAUCAUCCAGAUGUGGCAGGAGUCUUUGCUCUUUCCAGCUUUCUGAAUAAAGCAUCUGCUGUUUACCAGGCUCUUCAAACACGGGACGGUGAGCUCCCCGAGCUGUUCCAGUGCCACGGGACUGCUGAUGAGCUCGUCCUGCAUUCUUGGGGGGAAGAGACAAACUCGGCACUACGGUCCCUGGGAGUGAGCACCAAGUUUCACAGCUUCCCAGGACUUUACCAUGAGCUGAGCACCGGGGAGCUAGAGAAACUGAAGGCGUGGAUUCUUACAAAGCUGCCGGGAGAAAUGGGAAGGCUCCCAGAGUGACUCAGGACUGACUUGCUGUCCUGACCUGCGUGGCUCAGUGGUUAAGGCACCAGCCUGUGCACCUCAAGGUUCACAGGUUCGAUUCCCGGUCAAGGCAAGUAACAUAGUACCUGGGUUACAGGUUCGAUCCCUGGCCCCAGUCAGGGCAGGUGCGGGAGGCAACCCAUCAAUGUGUGUGUCUCACAUCAGUGCAAAAAGUAGCCUCGGAUGACUAUCAGCAACAACAAAAAGGUCAAUUUGUCUAGACCCAUGAAAUGUCUCCUUGAGAAGUGAUUCUUACUGCCAAGUUAUAAUGUGAUCAAUGAUCAUUAAAAUAUUAAGGAACAUCAA